UUUUUUUACUAUCUGUAUAUAGUGGUUGCUACUAGCAGAACGCACUCCAAGUAAAGCCGGGGAAUCAGCGUGAUACAAAGACGCGGCUCUGAUCCUUUUCUCCCCCCCCAUCACCCGCCCCCUUUUAUAUUUUCCUUCCUCAUCCAAAAGAACUGAUUUCCUGCUCGAAAGGGACUUAAUCAUCUGCCCGGGACACUGGGAGAAACAGACGCUUUGGAAUAAGGGAAACAUUUGUAGGAUCGCAGCUGUGUGUUUCGUCGCAACGUGGUGUGGGUGAAAUUUGCCGGCUUUUUUUUCCCUCUUCCCCUCUCUACUGCCUUUUUGGUGAAAUCCCACUCGGAACCUUGGAAGUGAUAACCGAGUCUGCAGUCGAGGUUUUCCAGAAGGGGAUGCUGCUUUCAAAGAUCGGAUCCUUCACUCAUAUGUACUCGACAUCAAACGUGGAUAUGCCGGCGAAAAUUCAGUUGCAACAAGUGAAAGAGCCUUUUGAAAAGAUUUAUCAAGUUGGAUCUGUCCUCGGUAGUGGUGGAUUUGGGACUGUUUAUUCUGGGGUUCGAGUGGCUGAUGGCGUGCAGGUUGCGAUCAAACACGUUGCUAGAGAUCGGGUGUCAGAAUGGGCUGAACUGUCUAAUGGAGCAAGGGUUCCCAUGGAGAUAGCGCUUCUGAAGAGGGUGGGCACGGGCUGCCGGGGUGUAAUCAAAAUGCUGGACUGGUUCGAGAGACCCGACAGCUUCAUCAUCGUCAUGGAGCGACCUGAGCACGUUAAGGACUUGUUUGAUUUUAUCACCGAGAAGGGAGCCCUACCGGAGGACUUAGCUAAAAACUUUUUCCGCCAGAUCCUGGAGGCGGUGAGGCACUGUCAUAACUGCGGAGUGGUUCACCGAGAUAUCAAGGACGAGAAUAUCCUGAUUGAUAUGAGGACCGGGGAGCUCAAACUCAUCGACUUUGGCUCGGGGGCUCUGUUAAAGGAUACCGUCUACACUGAUUUUGAUGGCACCAGAGUGUACAGCCCACCAGAAUGGAUUCGCCAUCACAGAUAUCACGGCAGAUCUGCCACAGUUUGGUCCCUUGGGGUGCUUCUGUAUGACAUGGUAUGUGGAGACAUCCCGUUUGAGCAGGACGAAGAGAUAAUUCGAGGACAGGUGCUGUUCCGGCGGAGAAUUUCAUCUGAAUGUCAAAAUCUCAUCAAGUUCUGUCUAUCCUUGAGGCCUUCAGAUCGACCCUCAUUUGAAGACAUGAUUAACCAUCCCUGGAUGCAGAACAGCAUUGUUUCACAAGAUGCCAUUGGACUAAGAUUACACAGUCUGAGCCAAGAGUCAACCAACAUUAGCUCGAGUAAAUUAGAACUUGUGAAAUAAUGUGAACCGAUGCUCACAAAACUGAACUAUCUCUGCCUUCCUUCGGAAGAACCAAAUAAUUCGCCUGGUUUCACUCACCAGAUUCCAUGGCCUUUUAAAUCUACUGAUUAGUGGGAGGGGUGAUGAAGAACCAGAAUCCCCUCCUCUGCAAGCUUCGGUUGUCAUUAACUUGAAUCAUGCAUUACGACAAGCCUGGCUCUUCCCUUUCGAGUGCCUUUUUUUAUGAACGCUGGAUCCACUAACUUAGAAAAGAAAUACUUGAACUUCUGCUGCUUCUGAAUAACUUGACUUUCCUUCGCACAAUCUUCAUACAUAACACACACAGGGACUGGUCUAGUCUAGCUACUAUUUUGUUUACAGCCUUCCAAUAAAAUAACUGAAGAGAACCCUUGUCACCUGAAGAUCACCACUAAUCAGAAAAGAGUCGCCCUCAACUCUUCUUCAUUCAGCUCACUUAUUUAAUACACUCAAUAUGAAUAUGAAGCCACGGCAUGUCAGAGCAUCGUCAUCAAUGCACAACCAAUGCAAUGAAUGAACUCUAACCAUUUGUAUAUGUGUAUGUAUAUAUGUACGUGUGUAUUAUAUGUAGAUAUAUAUGUAUAAAAAGUGUAAAUUCCUUUUUUUGUUGAAAUACUGGUUAUUACAGCCUAUGUCAGCUGUACUGUUUACCUGUUUAUUUAUUUGAGUGAAGUUGAGGUUUUUUUUUUAAACAGAUUUAUUAUAUAAAAAGGUUUGACUUGUGGGUUAAUUUAUAUUUAUUUAUUUAUGGACAACUACCUUCCAACAGACUUGUUCAUUCCACGAUUAUUAAUUAUUUGUUCAGAUUGGGGCCCACAGAUUUUCAUAAGAUCACGUCAGACUUUAGUUCAGUUCACUCUGUUUACAGCCAAAAGAAAACAGUGAUGUCACUGAAAAGAAUUCCAGACUUUGUAAAUAUAAUAUAGAGCACUUCUGUUAAAUGCAUGUUGAACCGAAAAUGUAUUUAAUGUCUAGACUUGUUUUUUUUUGGGGGGUUUUUGUGACAUUUUUAAUGUGUCCUGUGGACUGGUAUGGGUUGAAAUAGAUACCAGCUCAAAAAUGUUUUUUUUUGUAUAUACAAUAUCUUUACACUAGUUUGGGUGCAUGUAAGCAGCUUGAAGUUUGAACUGUUAUUUGAUUAGAGCUGUAAAUUAAACUAGAAUGGAAGAAACUUAUUUUUAUACAGCAUUUCAAAUAAAACAAAAUUUGCCUUAA